UUCAUUUUCUAAUCACUUGUAGGAAGAUAAAGGCAGUUUUCUGCUUCGCUAUGCUCUCUGCGUCUGUCUCCAAUGACACCACAUUCCACCCUUCCACGUUUAUUUUACUUGGAAUUCCUGGGAUGCAAGAGCAGCACAUUUGGAUCGCCAUUCCCUUCUGCUCCAUGUACAUCCUUGCUCUGGUUGGCAAUGGGACCAUCCUUUACAUCAUCGUGACUGACAGAGCUCUGCACAAGCCGAUGUACCUUUUCCUGUGCCUGCUUUCCUUUACUGACCUGGUGCUCUGUUCAACAACGCUGCCCAAAAUGCUAGCAAUCUUCUGGCUCAGGUCCCACGUAAUAUCCUACCAUGGCUGCCUCACCCAGAUGUUCUUCGUUCAUGCAGUUUUUGCCACAGAGUCAGCUGUUCUGCUGGCCAUGGCUUUUGACCGCUAUGUGGCUAUCUGCCGCCCGCUUCAUUAUACCUCUAUCCUCAAUGCCACCGUGAUCGGGAAAAUUGGUCUGGCAUGUGUGAUUCGUGGGCUUCUCUUUGUUUUUCCCUUUGUUAUCCUCAUUGAGCGCUUACCUUUCUGCGGACACCGUGUAAUCCCCCACACUUACUGUGAGCACAUGGGCAUAGCCAAGCUGGCCUGCGCCAGCAUCAACCCCAACACCGUUUAUGGCCUUACAGUAGCACUUUCAGUCACUGGCAUGGACGUGGUCCUCAUUGCCACUUCUUACAUUAUGAUUCUCCAAGCCGUGCUGCGAUUGCCCUCCAAAGAUGCCCAGUUCAAAGCAUUUAGCACCUGUGGAGCCCACAUUUGUGUGAUUCUUGUCUUCUAUAUUCCUGCCUUCUUUUCAUUUUUCACCCACCGCUUUGGCCACCGAGUAUCCCCUCGGGUGCACAUUGUACUUGCAAAUCUCUAUCUACUUGUGCCCCCUGUCCUCAACCCUCUGGUCUAUGGCAUUAAUACUAAACGGAUCCGCCAGAGAAUAUGUGAGUUUUCUAUGGGGAGGAGGUAA